GCCACGUCAGGACAGUGUAGGUCCGGUUAGCUCAGUACUGAACGCCCCGUCUUAACGCGCUUCCGGAGGUAGGUGCCCUGAUCUGGACCGGUGGUGUACUGAGGAGUAAGUCGGUUACUGACAAAUUCAUAUGUGGCGAGAGACUGCUGAGUCAAUGACGCUGUGAGACUGCAGGAUGGAGAGCCUAUAUCGUGUACCGUUUACAGUUCUGGAAUGCCCCAAUCUAAAGCUGAAGAAGCCUUCUUGGCUACACAUGCCCUCAGCUAUGACUGUUUAUGCUAUGGUGGUGGUCUCCUACUUCCUGAUCACUGGAGGCAUAAUUUAUGAUGUGAUUGUGGAACCCCCCAGCGUUGGGUCAAUGACAGAUGAGCAUGGACACCAAAGACCAGUGGCAUUUCUUGCCUACAGAGUAAAUGGACAAUAUAUUAUGGAAGGUUUGGCUUCCAGCUUCCUGUUUACUAUGGGUGGUCUUGGAUUCAUUAUCUUAGAUCGAUCAAAUGCGCCAAACAUCCCAAAAUUAAAUAGGUUCCUGUUGCUUUUCAUCGGUUUUGUCUGUGUCCUCUUGAGCUUCUUCAUGGCCAGAGUGUUUAUGAGGAUGAAGCUGCCUGGAUACCUCAUGGGAUGAGCUCAUCACAGUUGUAAGACAGGAUUGAAGUUGUAAGCAGUAAUCACAGACUGGCACAUAAAGCCCAGCCGGUGGCCUAAAACCUCCUUCAGUAGUGAAGAACUGAAGAAUAAUUUCCUUUAAAGAAUGUUGCUCAUAGGCAGCAAAAUAUUUUUGUAAAUGUUUUUCACUGCUUAGGUGUAUCCAUAUCUGGUCCUAAAUAAUAAAAUACUUUUUUUGUUA